UUGCUGGCGUUGCAACUGCCGUGGUUGGAGCUGCCAGUCCGACAAGAUCGACUUUUGCGCAAGACGACGAAGAUAGUGGCGAAGCACAUGGGGAAGACGGUGCUAUCGAUACGCCAGGGCGACAAUCAAGCUUCGCUGCGUUCGACCAAGCUCACUCUCAGCCUCCCCCAAUAUGCCUGGUGCGGACACGUAUGAGACGGAAACUUCGACUGCUGCGAUUGAAAACGGGAAAUUGAAGCUACGUGCGGCUGCAAUUGCCGCUGACCUGCCUGAUGCGCCAUCCGAGAAAGGACACACAACGUCUGAAGUGUCUGAGGCUGACUUGCAAGCCCCAGAGGCGACCUCUGCGGCGCAAGUCUCUACGAUCGAAGAGGAUGCUCAGAAUGGUCUGCAUACCACGCAGAGUCAGAUCGUGGACGAGCUUUCUGGCUCCUCGUUUGAAGCUCCGGACAACACAGAACACCAGCGGUCCUCUAGUGUAGUCGAACCAUCUGCAGGUAUCCUCAGUCUUGAAGCGACCAGCAAGCUCUCAGCACUCUCCGACCCCUCUCAAGCGAGGGCUUUCCCUCGCUCUGAUUCGAAGUCGUCUGUCUCAGGUCAUGAAACAGGUCAAGAGCCAGAGAUGUCUCAGAUUGACAAUCUCGGCGUACCAGGUAGCUUCCCUGAUCUAUCAGCUCCGCAAGACGUCAGCGAUGGUCUUAUAGGCGUCAGCGACUCAGCGGUCUCUCCUGCAGAACAAUCUCAGCCCAUGGAUGAGACAGAGACAUCUUUCAUUGACGAUUCUGAGAUUCCUGAUCAAGGGUCUCAGGAGCGCCCGUCGCCGAGGACCGCAGCCGGCAGAUUAGACAUGGACGAGACGACGUCGGCUAAUGGUCAGAACGGACUCUUGGACUCUGCUGUGCAAAUCCAACAGCAUGUAGUUCACCCGAAUGCGGAGACACAACUGGAGCCCAAAGUAAUGGAGACACUUGUAAAUGUGGAGACACAGCGUCCAGAUCACUCGAUCCAGGGGAUGAACAAUCUUGAGGAUACCUCAUUCUCCGAGCACAGUGGACUCCAAGGUGCAUCCCGGAAGCUCGAUGAUGCCACAAGAGAUCUCGAGCCCGGUGUGGCGGGAAGCGACCCCGCACUUGGCUCCGUUGCGGACGAUGGGAGUACCGUUUCACCUCUCAAUGGUCACGACGUUCCUAUGGAUCCACUCCAAGAAGCUGCCGUCGCCUCGGAUCCUACAGAUGUCACACCAUUCGAGCAUGCCGAGCCCCUUCAGACAGGGCUCCAAAUGGACAGCAGGGAAUCGGUGUUCCCGACGGCACUGUCUUCUGAGACUGACAUGACAUUGAACCCGCUGAACGAUGCCAGCGACAUGAACAUUUCGACUGCUCCUGACGCAGGCAAUUCACCUCGAGAUGCACACGUUGUGGACGACGCAUCAAUAGCAAUCGUAGGGGAAAGCCUUUCAGCUGCCCCAGGUCUGUCCAUGGGCGAGUCUCAGCAUCAGCCUAUUCCCGUCACCACAGAUUCAGCGCCAUCUCCGUCCGAGCUUCCCGCAGCGGUCACUUAUGAUGCGCAGCAACCCGUCGAGCAUCAUCGCUCCACAUACGACUCAGAAUCAGCCGGCUCGAAUACCAUGAUCGGUGCACGAGCCUUCGAUGAGCUGCCUGCCAGUGCCCAGAUUGAGGGUCUUGCCGAUCAGCCCCAGACUCAGGACGAGCAUCGCGAAUCCCCCUUCCUGUCCGGUCUAUCUCCCCAGGACGACAACUCAGCAGAGGCCGAAAACGUCGCCUUUCCCACGCAAGAAUCUCAGCCGUCAUCCGUCGCGAAUGAUCCAUUCUCUGGUCAAACCCCUAGUAUGGGCACAACGCCAUUUAUGACUCCGGGCUCCAUGGCCCAAGAUAUGGGAUAUCCAUUCGACAGAGAUGUGCCCUCGAGACUGUCCUUCGCCACUGCGGACUUUGCGACCCCAACAUCUGAGCCCGGGACGCCCAAAGUUGCCUCCUCGGAGGUAGACCAUGACACUCCGAAGCUCGCCGGUCCAUACCGAGACAGUGACGACCAUCAUGACGACCACAAGGGGCCUGUUGUCGGUCUUUCGAAUGACGAUGGGGACUACCCAGAAUCCGCUGCGGAUCGUACUUUCGGCGAAAGCAGCCUUGUCUCUGAAGCUGCACCUCUGGAUACCCAAGAUCACUCUAUCAAAAAUCCCCUGGUACCUUUUGUCAUGCCUGGACUCGAACCAGAGAUUCCGGCCAGGAUGUCGAACCCCUUUCUGAGUUCGCAAGAGGUUCAAGUGAACAGUCUGUAUCACCCUGCACCGCCGCGUCCGGAUUCUGCAUCGCAGCGAUCGCUCGGCGCUAACAGGCUCUCGGACGGUGCCUCCAAUGACGUCGAUACCAGUGUGCGACGGUCGUCCUCCGCGACGUUUGGCGAACCCGAUCAUACCCUUUCAGAGGGUCAACCUACCGCUGACCAAGAAGGUCGCCCCCAUGCUUGAUCACCCUGUAUCAUAAGUCAAUUCAUUUUUAACGUCUCAUGCUCGGCAUUCACACAUACACGCUCGGUCACGAUCAAUGUUUCAAAGUCC